AUGGCUCUCGAGAAAUUUUCUGCGGUUUAUCAUCAACUCCCUCUAACGGACGGUGACCGAUAUAUCCGCGUCCUUAUCCUGCACCCUGGUUUACGUGGUAGCCCAAUAAGUGCGUCCAUGCGACUGCUCAGCCUUGGUGAUGGACAGAAUCAAGAGCCAUAUGCGACCUUAUCAUAUACUUGGGGCGACCCUGCCGUGAAGAAGCCGAUUAUUCUUGAACACGAGCUCUUCGAUGUGACGAUCAACCUUUACAACGCGCUUCAGCACAUUCGGUCGCCGUCGCGGCAAAUCCAGAUCUGGGUUGACGCUCUGUGCAUCAAUCAGCAAGACAUCAAGGAACGAUCUUCUCAAGUUUCUCUUAUGAAUGAGGUAUACGAACUGUGUGAGAAAGUUUACAUUUGGCUAGGCUGUCCCGAUGAUGAUGAUGCCGUGACAUCCAACCCUUUUGCGAUUGUGGAACACUUUAGAGACAACCAGCAUUUCUUCUCAUUGCCCGGCUACGCUUGGGAUCGGUCUAGAAACCAAUGGAUUUGCGAUACUGAAAACCCUCAGUUCAAACUCAUGUGGGAUAGUUUCUCUCCCGUGGCAGAAAGCCCGUGGUGGACUAGGGCAUGGACAGCCCAAGAGACGAUAUUGCCGUCUGAAGCUUUAGUCAUGUACGGUGACUGGUCCAUAUCUUGGACCGACAUUGUGACAUGUCGAUUCAACAGGGUACGCCAUUUGAAUGACUACAGUGGCACGUGCUGUGGACAUGCUUAUGAAGCGGUCGGGCGAGAGAGAAUAAUGCCGCUGGACAGCGUGAUGGGAUCCGUGAUGAUAAUGGAGAGUAUACGUCGAAAGACUGGCUACAUCAGAUCCUUCUCUGAUGUCACUCGCGUCUUCGCCGAUCGACAUUGCAAAGACCCCCGGGACAAGGUUUACAGCUUGUUGUCCUUCGUCAAGGGACAUGAAAAGAGCUUUCUUCCCGAUUACGAAAAGUCUGUUGCGGACGUUUACAUUGAAGCGUUCAAGUACAUGCUAGCAGAAGUCGACAUGAGCCCAUUCUGCUUGUUGGGCCAGGGUUUCAACAGCACAACAUGUAUGGGACUGCCAUCCUGGGUCCGCGACUUCUCUAAACCUCUAGAAACAAAGCACCAGAUUCGAAGAGCGUUUGAGGCAUAUCCUCUCUUUAAUGCUUGCGGUGGGAGAACUGGAAAAGCCGUGGUGUUGGAUGACAACAAGUUAGGCUUGACCGGAAUUCAAGUUGACAGUGUCAAAGACAAGUCAUCCAUAUCUAUGACUUCCGCUUCUACAGAUUCAUGUCUGCAGGAUUGUAUUUCUGACUGGGUAAGGACUGCGACAAUGAAUGGAAUUAUGGUGUCGACCAAGACCGUGGACCAAAGGUUUGCUCGCGUCCUUUGCGGUGGGGUCAUUGAUGGUCGAGACGGUCCAAAGGGAUCUUGGCGACUCCUGGAGCAAGACGACCACGACCUGCCAGACAGUACGGAGUGGGAAGACUUUCUCUCUGGUGUUGGACGAGCUUUACCUCGGAAAUAUCGCGUCGGUAUGGGAACAGCAACUGAUGGGCAAGCUUUUUACGUAACGCAAAAGGGACGCAUGGGGCUCUCGUCUCCUGACCUGGAGAUUGACGACGAGAUAUGGUGUAUUGAAGGAUCCAAGGUUCCAUUCAUAUUGCGAAGAACGGACAAUCCUGAUUUCCAUCGGUUGAUAGGAGAUACAUAUCUGGAAGAUGUGAUGCAUCGGCAAGAUAAAGACGGCUGUGUCGAUGGUCUGCCUGUGGUACUUGUGUGA